AUGGAAACCAGUGCUUUAACGGGAUUACUGGUCUCUCGGAACGAGUUGUUUGCCAGAACUCUUAAAUUCCUCACUUCUCCGCUCACGGACCCUCGCAAAGAUUCCCACUGGCCCAAUUGUGCCAAUACCAGCUACAGCGAGGAGUGUUACAUAAUUUGCACCAAUGUAGAUGUGGGAAGGAAUAUUGACAUUUCUUCCUCCAAUGCAGUUAUCCCUUGCACCUGUCACUUCCACCACGCUUCUACCAGUGGUAGUGAAGGCGGCAGCAACGACUGCGCAGGGCAAAAACUUGUCGCCAGCCUCACUGCCGAUAUGAGCCCUUUCGUCGCUGUCAAGGAUUCGGACUACUUCAUCUACGCUGGGUGUGGUCCUGGUGGAGAGGGGCAGGCCGACGGAUUGAAAAAGGAUACCUGGUGUGGUUUAUACAGGAGGGAAAGCAAAUGUAGAAAGGUUCCCGUUGUAGCGACAGAACAGGAUACAGCAAGCUCUUCCAUUAGUGGCAGUGAUACUAAGUCGGAAGAUCAUGCGACUAAAUUGCCCGGGGCACAACUAGUUACAAAAUACUUUACUGAUGUUAGAACACCACAAAACAACGGCAAUAGUGCGCCAGUUGAAUACUUCCUAAAGCAAAUUCGCCCAGAGCUUAAAUCUUUAUCCUACCACAGCACGCCCAGUGCAGAAGGAGACAUAGUAAACAUAUGCCACAUGAACAUCAGUGGCCAGGAGGAAUUUGAGGAGAGAAAAAAUGCGGACUAUACUAAAAAGAAAUCUGAUAAGCCAACAGAUGUAUACAUUGUGUGGUACAAGGGCGCAGCCAAAUUUUUUACCAUCGGCCCGCAAGGCCCAUCGCCAAUUCCCAGCAGCAGCCAGUCAUUCAUAGACAUGAUCCGGGCAGGGCACGAUCCAAGGGAGCAAUUGGAGUACAGAAACGAGGUGAUAAGGGGCGUUGUGCCCUUUGACCGAAACAGCCCCCUACCCUGUGCGGUCACCAAGUGGGACUUUAGCGACUAUAUACAGCAUAUUAACGCACAUGCUAAGGCACUUGUGGAAAGGAUAGAGAGAAGCCUUGUAUGUGUUAAUGAUUACUUGAAUUUUAGAUUCCUGUGGAUAGAGCACUCCUUCAUCCUCCUGUGCCUGGUUUACGUGAAGCAGGGAGUGGAUCAGGAACUAAGGGGCUCGUGUUUGGUCAACAACCUAUGGCAACCUACAAUCAUAACGCCUAACACAAUCAAUCUGCUGUUCAAGAAUGCCCUGAUCUCUCUGUCUUCCUACCUCGAGUUCAUGUCCCCAAGGGCCACAAACGACUACUACAUAUACCAAGGUCUACCCUCGGGCAAUGUAAACCUAAUGGCUGGCUUGGGCGGUUUGAGCGAAACAAACUCUAAUUCCAAUUCCGGGGGUUCGAGUCCGCACGUCUACAGUAACCGUGCUUCACGGCUCAAUUUCCCGGUUUGGUGGAAUUUUUAUGCUGACAGAUGCUCCAAGGGCAUAGAGAAUGAUGGCAUGAGCGGUUCCAACAGCCCCAACUCCAGACUGCAGAGAUACACGGAACAUAUGACUGAGGCCCAAUCGCUCGGCGAUUCUGGUGGUCAUGGCCACUUUGGUAGCUGUUUGACGUCGGACAGCUAUCCUGACCAUAACACCAGCGCUGUAUUCAAGGCCAUGGGAUCGUCCCCUCACACGCCCUUAAAGUGCGAGAGGGAGGAAUGCCGCGCCACUCCCGCUUCGGCUUGUGGUGGAUAUGGGCAGUUAAAAAUCGAGGCUUGGGAAAACGAGUAUGCGUCACCAGAAAAGCUUUUCUCCACCUUUACCAUUAAGUCUGGGCAAGACGCAGCCACCAUCACGCCCACUACAACAGGGGCCCACGGCCACGUCCACGAUCAAGAGGGCGCAGAUAAUUCCAUGUCUUGCGAGUAUUGUGCAUCUUACGACAAAGAACUCUCCUUCACUGCCUAUGCCAGCUCCCAAUCGUACGACAAGUCUCUAUUAUCUGAAUUGAAUAUUUCAACCAACGCGAGUGCAAGCAAUGACAACUCUCCUGUCAAUUGUCAUCUUAACGGAACUCAACCACCGAUAGCCGCUCCUACAGGUACAAGGCGAGCAGAAGUCGCCGGCAGCGGCUGCAAGUGCUACUGCUCUUCCUGUGGGCAGUUUGGAACUAUUGUAAUUCCCAUAUUGGACAAAGAUGGCGUGAUGGCCUAUACAGGCGUUGGCACCAGACUGCUGCUGGAUGGCAUAUUCUCCACAUCAGGCAUUUGCUUAAUAGAUGGCGCCUUCCUCGAGACCAAGGUGGAAGAGUCUGCUGUGAUGGAGACCCAUAUGACAGCCAAGAGCAAGGCCAAGGGGGGGAAAAGCAGGGGAGGUGGUGCGAAGAAGCUACUUGGUAUGGCCGGACUGACGGCAAAAUCACUCAAAGAUGCCCUAAAGAGCUGUGAAACCCUCAAGCAGACCAUCCGACGCAAGCUCCCGUUCGACUCUCCGCGCAGGCUACGCAACAUCAAACAGGCACGAGAUGCCAUUGAGCGGGUGUACCUGACGCUGGAAAACGCACUGGAAAACGUAUCCAAAGCCGGUCACAAGCUCUCCGACACCCUGGGAGCUGUGUUCGAGGAAAUUGAAGAGGAGGAUCUCGCGGCGCCAAAAGACAAAUCUUCUCCAGCGGAAAGGGCCGGUGAGGCCUACGAAUGGUGCUGGAGCUGGGAUGCCUGUCAUAACAGCGACUGCUCCACGGAACUGGACUUUUGGGGGCCAUCGUGUGGAAAGGACGAAGCCGCCUUGGAUGACGUCUUGUCUCCGCGCAUCAUAUCUGACAGCGGUACUGCCGACGAGUCCGUAUUCGUCUCCCCAUCAUUUUCUAGCGGCGAUGUAACAUUCUCUUGGGAGGAGCAUCAGCCCGUUGAAGAACACAGAAAAUGGAUGCUUUAUAAUGUUGACUGCGGCAGCCCUCUGACCAGGUCAAAGGCCAAGAAGCAGGGCGACAAGAGGGCGUCCCCCAGGAGUGCUAGGAUGUCUAGAUCGCUGAAGAAGAGACAUGGAGAUGAGGAGUUUGAGGAGUACGAUUUUGACACUGAUUUUGAGGAGACCAAGGUCAAGCGUACCAAGAAGCAAUCGCCCGGGGCGAUCGACUAUGCGAACAACUCUGGAAACCAGAAAGCCCUAGUUCCUAUGGGCCCUCUGCCAAUUGGCGUCUACUUUGAUGCUUCAAGAAAGCUUUGGAGGUGCCAGUGGAGGGAAAAUGGCAAGUUCAAGACCAAGGGCUUCAGUCUAAGCCACUAUAAAACCCUCGCUGAUGCGAGGCACGCCUGCAUACUUUACAGGUGUGAGGUGGGGAAUAUGGCCGUCCAACCCGAGUGGCUCAACCCUGUCUUUGUUCAGGUUGGUUCUCUAGCGCACAAAAAGGUUGCAGGCAAAAUCGAAUAG